GGAAAGUUUAGCUGCUAUGGAUGAGCGACUCCGGCCGGAUGAUCGGGUACUCGAGAUAAACGGCAUAGAUGUGUCAUACGGCACACAAGAGCAGGCCGCUCAUAUUAUACAGACAAGUGCUGAUAAAGUGCAAUUUGUGAUUUCCCGACGAAGUCGUCCCCAGACUCCGGACCUUAUCCGAUCUACCUCCGACAAUUCUACAACAGCGAUGAAUUACAGCAUGAUCCGUGACAACACUCCCUCAUGUCAAAAGUGUCACGAACGCCUCGUCACGGUCACCAAGGACCCUCUUGAGACCCUGGGAAUCAGUGUAGCAGGUGGACUUGACAGCCCCCGUGGGGACACGCCUAUCUAUGUCACAAAUAUCAACCCUCUGGGCUCCCUCGGCCGCACCAAGCAGAUUAAGAAAGGUGAUAUCCUCUUGUCUAUAAAUGGGUCAAGUCUUCUUGGGCUGACCCACAACGAGGCGGUCAGUCUGGUCAAGAUGAACACGGACAACAAGGUGGUAUGUCUGAAGAUCAUCAACGGUCCGGAGACAUCACAUAACCAGGGCAACUUCACACCCACCUGGCUGUUCUGGCAGCAGAUGUCUAGGUACGUAGAACUGGUAAAGUGAAGGGUAGA